CUAACGGCUCCAGAACCGGUUCUGUGCGCUUUGGGAUUCCUGGGGCGGCCGUGUGUAACUUGGCCUGACAAGAUUCAUGGACAUGCCUUUAAGGGUUUUGCCAGCUUAAUGUGUGGUUUACAAUAACCAACCUCUCAGAAAACGAGUUUAACCAAGUUAGCCAGCGCUGCUAACCUGGAGGUAAUGGGGGCGUCAACGCUGCUGCUCACACUUUCAUCCUAAGGCCACUGAAGUGAAACACAUUUCCGGUUCGUUUGAAACGUUACACGGGGAUGAAGAUCCGUUGUGCAGCACCAAACAUCAGGUAAACAGCUCCAUGUUGUGCAGAAAAUACACGGUUCUUCCACCACCCCGGGACAAGGAAGAAAAAGCCAUGUUAGAUAGCAUGUUGCGGGUGGACCAUGCGGGAGAAUAUGGAGCCAACUGCAUCUAUGCUGGACAGAUGGCUGUUCUGGGAAGAACCCAGUCAGGCCCUCUUAUACAGAAUAUGUGGGACCAAGAAAAAAUACAUUUGCAGAAGUUCAACGAGAUCUUGGGGGAGAAUAGGGUGAGGCCGACGGUGAUGCUACCUCUGUGGAACAUUGCAGGCUUUUUACUUGGGGCCUCUACAGCUCUUCUGGGUAAGGAAGGGGCUAUGGCCUGCACUGUGGCAGUGGAGGAGAGCAUUUCAGAACACUACAACAGCCAAAUUAGAGCACUAAUGGAAGAAGACCCAGACAGAUAUACCGAGUUGUUACAGCUGAUAAAGGAGUUUCGUGAUGAUGAGAUGGAGCAUCAUGAUACUGGUCUGGAGCACGACGCAGAAUCAGUACCUGGCUAUAUGAUUUUGAAGACUCUAAUACAGGCUGGCUGCAAGGCAGCUAUUUAUAUCUCUCAGCGUAUUUAGAGACAAAUUUCAGUGUUUUUUUUUUUGUCUUUUUUCAAUAAUAUGUACAGUAUUAUUUUAAAAUGUAAUAUGAGGUUUUGAGACUGAGAGACUUGCACUUCCUUGAUUGAUUGUGAUAAUAUGGUAAUGAUAAAUUGGUACAAACCAGAAUUUGCCAUGUCAAAUGAAACAUGUACAAAAGAAAAAAAAUAAUUUGUUUUUUUUGGUGGUGUCUUUUGUUUUGUAAUAUUUAUGCAUGUUUGUUUUGGACUCAGUACUGUGUUCAGCCAAAAGGAUGACCCAACAGAGAAAAUUUGGCAGUUGAAUAAAUAAAACUCUCCGUAUUCAAACUAA